AUGGCAAUUAUUGGAAGAAUAUUUUAUUUGAGAACAUUAACAACAUCUGGAAAUAUAUUAAAAUUAGAAGAUGUUAAAUUAUUUUUACAGGCAUUUUUUAAUUAUUUUGCUAUUUUAAUUCUUGAAAUAUGUUGGGGAAAUUGGAGUUAUUUUACUCAUAAUCAAAUAGAAACAACUAUUAUUGUAAAUUAUCUUUUUAUAUUUAUUUGUGGAAGUAAUACUAUUUUAGGUGUUAUUAUAAUAUCUGAAAUUAAAAGUGGUAUUAAAAAACUACUUUGUCAGAAGAUAAAAAUUUUAAAAAAACCUACUACUAUUUAUCCAUUAUACAAUAACUUAACAACAAUAAAAGUAUAA